CUGUGUCCACCAAUACGGGUCCUUCAGAAAGUGGCAGCAACCCAUAAGCACCUGCUCCUGCAGGAGUGCACUGUUCUGCAAGGGCAAUGGCAUUUGCACUCAUUUCAGACAAGAGCUUUGUAUUUGGCUGCAUUUAAAACCCACCUGCCAAGGCAUAAAACCUGGAGUUUUCAUCUAUAGUGCCACUAUCCUGGAUUUAAUGGUCUUGACUGGCCUUGGCAGAACCUAGUCAUUGAAACAAUUCUGUUUUUCCACAAGCCAGGCAUCCACAAUAGAGGCACAAGUGAGGUCGAUAUAAAUAGCAGUGUCCCCUCACCAUACAUAAACAUACCAAUUACUCUGUAUCUGUGCGAUAUUUUCAUAAAAAGGUCUGACCCAGAAGGAAAUGCACCUGCUUUCCUUGCUUUAGUCUUAGCAGCUCCUCCUUCGAGCAGCAAUGCAAUGCCUCCUGAAUACUGGUGACAAGAACGUUGCUUGACCCCUGCCCUGGCCCACAGCAACACCACCUGCUUCUGUGUGGCUCUGGCGCUCUGUUUGGGCAUCCUUUCAGCCAUUCGCAGGGUCGACUUUUGACAUGUGCACCAUUUCAAAGAUGUAAGGCCAACUCAAGUACUAGGAAGCACAGCCAAAGAUACCCAUCACAUGCACACUGUGUCCCUAAAACGAAAUAGAUUAACAUGUGGGCAGUGCCCCACAGACAGCUUCCGAUAUGUAGUUGCUGAUUGUAACUUGUUGCCUUUGCUGAUUGAAAUGAAAGUAUUUAUGGCAGUGACUUCUACUUUAUGUCUAGCUUUGGUCACCUUCCAUGAAUUUGAGGCAAUUUUCUUAUUGAUGAGCUUAUUCUUGUUGACAGUUUUGUUUAUUAUCUUCACUGGCAUUUUAUUUCCUGUUGGCUCCCAGAACUGGGCGAU